UUAAAGUUUUUGUGUUUUUUUCUCUUGCUUUUUUAUCAAGUCUUAACUUUUAUGUUUUACAGUUUUACUUGUUUUCUCCCCUUUGUUCAGUGGUGCAUUAUAGCUUCUUGAGGCCCAGGUGAAUUUGAAUUAGGAGGCCUAUGUACAGUGUUGACUUCAGAUAUUUUUCUUCAGGGCAUUUUUUGGGAAGUUAUUUUCGUAUAAAAGAUCAGUUGUGGGGCUCCCUGUUGGCAGGGGCCCUGGGCAAUUGCCAUUUUUGCCACAGGAUGAUGCACCACUUCCUUUGUUUUAAAAUACUUAGUUACUCCAACAGUCACUAUUAAAUAUCAUUUUGGUUUUAUCAAAUUGUACAAUAAGGACUGCAAGGGCAAAUAGCCUGAAAUGCAUUUUAAUUGUUGUAUAAAGUCUAUAUUAUUCAACAAAAAGUGUUCCUGUGUGAUAAGCUCUACAUAGCAAUUUUGUGCUUACUCCCAAAGAACAUGAAAGAACAAGAAUCUUUCAAUCAUGUUUAGUAGAAAAAAGAAAAGGCCUGUCAUAUCUGCUCCAAUAAAUUUUGAGCACAGAGUGCAUACUGGAUUUGAUGAGAAGGAACGCAAGUUUGUUGGGUUGCCGCCGCAGUGGGCGAGUCUAAUUCCAUCGCAACAAGAUAGACCAAAACCCAUUAUCGAUCCGUCUUGUAUAACUCCUACAGAAAUGAUGGAUAUAAAACUACAUACCAUAGUUAGAGGAAGUUCCACCCAUCUCAAAAAUGGACCAUUGUCUGUUUCAAGAUCUAAUUCAUUGAGGAAAGAAAAUUCAUCAGAUAUGCUUAGUGAAUGCCAAAAUCAUAAAUCAUCUUUAAACAAAGAAUGUAUGGAAUCUUCUCAUAGUCAUCAUCACCAUCACCAUCAUCACCAUAUGUAUCAUCCUAUCGAACUCCAUCCCAUCUGUCAUUGUGCAAGUUUUAAUGACAGACACGAAAUAAAUUCUGUAUAUCAUGAUAAUUAUUUGGCCAGUAGAAGACAUAAUUCUAGUGAAGAUUAUUUAAAGGGAAGUGUUUCGGAACACGAAUUAAAAAACUGUGUGUCUCAUAAACAUCGUUUGUAUGAUUAUGAUAAUACUCAAUACUUGGACAGAAACAAUUCUAAGUCCCAUUUAAAUAAUGAAGGUGCUAAUUUAGAAAGGAAAAAAUUUGAUAAAAUGUGUGACAGUAAAGACAGCUUUAAUAGUAUUGGUUUACCGUUGUAUGUUUCAUCAAACACAUAUCCACCAUUUAAGAGUAAAGCAUUAUCGUGCCAAGUUAAAAAGAAAAUAGAUCAUCAAAAUUACAUUAAACACGAAUACCAGCCAUUACAAGUUAAUAAAGUUCAUCAAAUUGAGCAACGUAAACUUUCUCAUGAUCAGUUUAGGGCAGCACUGCAAAUGGUUGUCAGCCCAGGUGAUCCACGCGAACAUUUAGAUAAUUUUAUAAGAAUUGGAGAAGGAUCCACCGGAGUUGUAUGUAUAGCAACUGAUAAAAGAACUGGUUGUCAAGUAGCGGUUAAAAAGAUGGAUCUACAUAAACAGCAACGAAGAGAACUGUUAUUUAACGAAGUUGUAAUUAUGAGGGAUUAUCAUCAUCCAAAUAUUGUUGAAAUGUAUGACAGCUUCUUAGUUGAUGAUGAAUUAUGGGUAAUAAUGGAAUUGCUAGAAGGUGGUACUCUGACUGACAUUGUUACUCAUGCAAGGAUGGAUGAAGAACAAAUUGCAAUGGUUUGCAAGCAAUGCCUCAAUGCCUUAUCAUUUUUACAUUCACAAGGUGUCAUUCACAGAGAUAUUAAAAGUGAUUCCAUUUUACUAACAGGUGAAGGAAAGGUUAAAUUAUCAGAUUUUGGAUUUUGUGCUCAAAUAUCGAACGACCUAGCAAAGAGAAAAUCUUUGGUUGGAACACCUUAUUGGAUGGCACCAGAAGUGAUAUCAAGACAACCAUAUGGUCCAGAGGUAAUUAGAAUUUACUUAUACAAAGUCUUCCAAAAGAAUACUACCAUUUUAAAUUAUUAUAAUUAUGUUAAUUAUUAUUCAAGAACAUUAUAAUGUACAUUAAAACAU